AUGGAUAACGAAAAUAUCGAAGAUGCUAAUUUAGAAGAUAGAACGAACGUCAUACAUGACUUAGAAAUUCAAGUACAUCAAGUCACUUCUACUGACGUAUAUCAACCUGAACCAAUACAAAUCUUAACUCGUGUUAAUGAAGAGUUAGAAAAGAGACAAAAUAUUUGUGUCACAUCUCUUACAUGUGUUAUGGUGCAUGCAUUGUGUACUUUGGAAUUAUUAUCACGAUAUAGACCUAGGCAAAUUAAUGACGAAAACUUGGAAAGAGAAAACAGGCGUGCUCAGUUAAUGAUACAGUUAUUGAAAUCUGACAAAUGUCGAGAUGUCAUACGUAUGAGCCCUGAAGCAUUUCAACUAUUGUGUCAAAAGUUAAGAGGAACUGGUAGAGUAAAGGAUUCAACUCGAUCUACGGUUGAAGAGCAAGUAGCUAAAUUCCUACAUAUUAUAGGGCACAAUGUAAAAACUAGGACCAUGUCUUUCUUCUUUCACCGCUCAGGGGAGACAAUUAGUCGCCACUUUCACAACGUCCUACAUGCUAUUCUAUCAUUAGAGGAAGACUUCUUCAAGCAACUGUCUAGUGAGGAUGUUCCUUAUGAAAUAUUUCAUAAUAGUCGAUUCUAUCCAUUUUUCAAGGACUGCAUUGGAGCCAUAGAUGGUACUCAUAGUCGUGUGAAGGUACCAAGGAUGGAAGCCCCUCGUUUUCGCGGAAAAAAAGAUCACCCCACACAAAAUGUGUUAGCUGCCUGCGGGUUUGAUAUGAAAUUCACAUAUGUGUUGUCUGGUUGGGAAGGAACCGCCUCUGACUCGAGAAUUUUAAAAGAUGCUCUAAGUAGGGAAUAUCCACUUCGAAUCCCCGAAGGAAAAUUUUAUCUAGGCGAUGCUGGAUUUAUGCUAAAGCCUGGGGUACUUACACCAUAUAGAGGUGUUCGGUAUCACCUAAAAGAGUAUUCAGUACGUGAGCCCCAAAAUCCGAAAGAACUAUUCAACCAUCACCAUUCUUCAUUACGAAAUGUCAUCGAAAGAUGUUUCGGAGUUCUAAAGAAAAGAUUCCCAAUUAUAGCUGGUGACACUGAACCUUAUUAUUCGUUUAAAACUAUGAGAGACAUUUUUUUGGCAUGUUGUAUAUUGCAUAACUUUUUGAUGGGUGUCGAUGUUGAUCAAUCUAUAAUUGAGGCGGUUGACCGAGAAUUGCUACAAGAACGCAACAUAGAUAGAUCACAAUCAAAUCAACAACGUGAUGAGGAAUAUAGAUAUACAGCAAUGCUACGAGAUAAUAUUGCAGCUGAAAUGUGGAAUGUGUAUCAAACUUUAUAA